UCACUAAAGAUUCGCCCUACUUCUCUUUAUACUGUGCAUGUGGAGCAAUUCAAGAGCAACUAAAGCAACUGCGACACACAGCACUGUGAGGAUUUCAUCCUGAAUAACUCUCUCUGCUGCUGCUUUUCUCUGGCUCUUGAAAUCGGGCGGAUGUUUAGAUAUCGUAGAAAUGUCAGGAGAAAUACAGCUUGUUAAAUUCUCACGGGUUUUUCUGUGUCUCGUGGUUUUCAGGGACCUUUGGCCCACAUAUUCAGAUGCAUUGGCUGUGUCACAAGGAAAAGUCUUGCGACCAACUUUAAUCACCACUGUCAGUGAUGCCAACUUGAUAUAUGAGUUUUUACUGAGGGGACUUGUGAUUGAUGAAGACAACAAUGUUGGAAUGCGGGACCAAGAAAUGGCGUCUAUGAGGAAGGGUAGAGUUUUCUUAAGCCUUAUAAAUGAUGACAUACCCAAAACUGUGCCAGCGAUGGAGGAACUGCUGGUCCUAAUUGAAGAGGAAGAGCAGUCCUUUGAACAUGAUUAUUUUCAGACACUCAUCCUGGGAAUCAUCUAUUCAGCAUACCAGGCCCGUGAGAGGAAGGAAGAGAGUCAGCAGCAGGCAUGGUCGGGUGUCCUCGGGCGUCUGGCAAAUGUCACUCUGGUUCAGCUCCGUAAAUCCUGAGAUAUAGCCAAAAAAUCAAUCAAAGCCACUAGUCUUUUUUUUUCUUUCACAUAUGCAUGAAACAUGGUAUAAUCGAUGUUGAGAAAGAAGUGGUAUUUGUGUGUAAUUUUUCCUUUCUGUAAGUAAAUAUAAAUAGCGAGAUGGAUUUUGAAGAAUUGUCUGUUUCUGACUGUGUACAAUUUCUGGUAGCAGUGGACUCCCCAAAUUUUUUCAGUGCCCUUUCUUUUUGUUUCUUGUUUGUAGUUUACUGUAAUAUGUGUGAAACAGUUUGGGAAAACUUGUUUGUUGCAUGUCCAAAAUCGAAAGUCCAUUAGGUUUAGUCCCUGAUCCCACUCUAUCCUCUUCUAUGUGGGUGGAGUCAAAAUAAAAGUUCAGCAGGGAGACAACUCGGUAUGUUUCAGGUUAGAGAACUGGGUUUGUUAUAUUGUUUACUAAUGUCUCAUGGGUUAUGGUCAGGUCCAGCUCCACCUACUGGACUUUGGUUCUGCAGCAACGAGAAAUCACAGGGUAAAACAGGGGUGCGUCUUAUUCAUUUCCAUAGUUAAGUUGUCAGGGCACUGAUCAGGGAGUUGACCAUUUAAGAAUGGUCUGGAAUGUUUACUAUCUAUAAAGAUCCAACGAUGCACCACAAAAAAAGGGUGCAUUGUUGCUCACUAUGUUCUCUUACUGGAAAUGACAACAUAUUUUCUCUCAGCUUAAAAAAAAGUCAGAUGAUCUGUCAGAGAAUUUUGUCUACAAAUGUAAGCGUAUAUAUUGUUUGUUUGAGUCUAACGAAUUUUAGAGUGUUUACUGAUUUUUAGAAAAUUCACUAGUUUCCCUUAGGUACAAUUCUGAUGGCCAGAAAUGAAGGUUCUAUAAAUCUAUAUAAUUUUUAUAGGCUUUCUGAAAAGAUCACAGUUUUGUCUCUGCAGUAAUUGAAGUUCUUUUGCCAAAAGAUGUCUAAGACACAUAUCAAAUUGUUCUGUAAUUUUUUUUGCAGUUUUUUAAAGAAAGAGUAGGCAUCAUUUUUGAAAACUCCUAAAACAGCUGAAGGUACAGUUAUCUACUGUACAUCAGUGAUGAUCAGUCCAGUUCUCAUGGCCGCCCUUCACACUGUGUGGUGUCAGCUGGGAUAAAGCAUUUAUCUAAGGGGCCUUGAGGAUAGAGAACUGAUUUGAGAACCUCUGAUCUAUAUAAAACCAUUAUUAAUAAUAGGAUAAGGUUUUGAAACCUUGAGGGAUGAGAGUCCACUGAUCAUGAUUUUUUGAGUCAGCAUUAAACACAAAUCAGUGUCAUAGGAAGUCUCUUUCUGUUUGCAUCCUCUGCUGUGUUCCCUACAGCCAUGUUAAUUAAAUGUUCUCUCUCUCUCUCUCUCUCUCUCUCUCUCUCUCUCUCUCUCUCUCUCUCUCUCUCUCUCUCUUUCUCACCCAUUCCCUCAUUUUCAGCAAUAAUAAAUAUUUAUACAAAUUUUACACAUGAUUUGGUGUUUUUAAAUGUUUGACAUUGAUUUUCACAGAUUUAGUUGAGAAUGGAGCUGCCCCCUCUGCCCCCGCUGACACCCCAACUGCCUGACACCCCAACUGCCUGACACCCCAACUUCCUGGCCUGCCCUUUAGAUACACCUCUACUGUGUAAUUUGUGUAAUACUUUAUUAUCUGUGUAAUACUCUGUAAACUGUGCAGAUUGAUUAGUUUGUAUGUAAGACUAAGAGGAGACUUCAUUGUACAUCGCAGUCCAAACUUUGAAUAAAUAAAACCAGGG